AUGGAGGAGGCUCGAGAGAGAAAGAGAGAGAGAACGGUCUGGAGAGAUGGGAUGGAUAGAUCGAUCGUUGUUGGUGGGAGGGGAGGACAGCGGCGACAGGACAAGAAAGAUCGGCGGGAAAGGAAAGGAAGGGAUUUAGGGGGGGCUGAGCGGUUGGUGGAGGAAGUGGUGAAUGAGCAAGAAGGCGAGAGAGCCGAGGAAGAGAUUGAUAAUAGAGGCAGGAAGUGGGUAAGUAUGGAAAUGGAUGGUGGUGGUGAUGAUGAUGAUGAUGAAGGCAGCCCUUCUGUUAUCGAUCUCCCAGGGGGAUCUACGACCGGGGGCUAUUCCUUUUCCUUCUUCUCGGUGGACAGAAUUUUUGCGCGUGAGAGCUCGGUCGCGCAGUUCCCUCACCCUUUUUUCCCUCUUUGCUGGCCAAUUCCAAUCCCAUUUGCCUACGGCCUCCCCAGAUCGAAUCUCCCGGGCUCCACCGCUUCCUAUUACGGUUUAGUGAACUGGGUCUAA